CUCAUUCCCCUCCACUACCAAAAAACCACACACACCUUCACUUCCAUCACAUUCAUUCCUCCUCUUCUUUUUUCCUUUUCCUUUAAAAGAAAACUUUGAUACUUGCUGGCUUGGACCGCUGUCUGUCGCACCCUUACAUCUGUCUUCUUGACGAUCCUUUCCCAUCAUCUGUACUUCUACUCUUUCCUCACCCCUGAAUUUUAAUUUACCCCGCCAUGGCCCCUCCCAAGGUCUUUUCGCUUGAGGGCAAAGGCCUCAAGCUGGACAGCGCUGAGGACAUUGAGACCCAUAUCAAGCCCUUGUUGGAGAGCACCGACUAUACCGAAAUCCGCUUUGGAGGAAACACUCUGGGUGUCCCCGCCUGCGAGCGUCUCGCCUCCGUGCUGUCUACCCAAAAGAACCUCGAAGUGGCCGAGCUGGCCGACAUCUUCACUUCGCGUCUGCUGAGUGAGAUUCCCGACGCCCUCACUUUCCUCCUGAACGCCCUGCUUGAGAUCUCCACUCUCCACACCGUCAACUUGUCCGACAAUGCCUUCGGUGCCAACACCCAGAAGCCCCUCGUCGACUUCCUCGCGCGCCACGUGCCCCUCCGCCACCUGAUCCUGAACAACAACGGUAUGGGUCCCGAGGCCGGCUCGAAUAUUGCGAAGGCGCUCAUUGAACUCGCUGAGCGCAAGGAGGAAGCUCGCAAGGCUGGCAAGGAGGCGCCGCUCCUCGAGAGCAUCGUCUGCGGUCGCAACCGUCUAGAGAAUGGCAGUAUGGCUGCUUGGGCACGUGCCUACGAGGUGCACGCUGCCGGUAUGCGCUCGGUCAAGAUGACUCAGAACGGAAUCCGCCAGGAGGGUAUUUCCCUGCUGCUGAAGGAGGGUCUCCGCCACUGCAAGGCUCUCGAGGUCGUUGAUCUCCAGGAUAACACUUUCACCAUCAUGGGCUCGACUGCUCUGGCCGGCGUCCUUGGUAGCUGGUCCUCUCUUCGCGAGCUUGGCGUGAGCGACUGCUUGCUCUCCGGCCGUGGUGGUGUCAAGGUUGCCCAGGCCCUGGCUGAGGGUAAGAACGAGAAGGUUCAGACGCUGCGCCUGCAGUACAACGAGAUCACCGCCGAGGGUGUUAAGCAGUUGCUGCACGCGACCAAGUCUGGUCUCCCCGCUCUGCGCCGUAUCGAACUGAACGGUAACAUCUUCAUGGAGGAGGACGACAAUAUCACUGAGCUGCGCGAGAUCCUGGAGGCUCGCAAGGAAGAGCACGGCUCCGAUGAGGAUCCUGAGGAGAUGUGGGGUGUCGAUGAGCUGGACGAGCUCGAAGAGGAAGAGAGCGAGGAGGAAGAGGAGGCGGAGGAGGAGGAAGAAGAAGAGAAAGCCGAGAAGCUGCUCAAGGAUGCCGACCUGGCCGAGAACGAGAAGGUCGCUCAGAAGGAAGACAAGGAAGUCGACCAGCUGGCCAAUCUCUUGGGCAAGACUGGUCUCUAGACUCUAUAAGACCUUUGGCCCUUCUCGAAAUACCUCUCUCGCCAUAUGCUGACCUACCUACACCCACACCCCCUCCUUUUUAUCGCAUAUCCACCUCUACCAAGUCAGUGAAUCGGCAGUGACACUCCGGUGCCGGGCAUCAGACGCAUGGCUGUCCCGACUAUGACAUGGUGCGAUUUGCAUCGCUCCGUCAUAUCCAGCAGGAACUUAGCAUGGAGGACCUCAUCCUCAUACCCAUUCAGUCGACACGCCUGUUUGAAGGUGCCCGAGCAAACCUUCAACCGUGAGCCUGUUACUGAUCACCUGACACGCAUCUUGGAUAUGAAAGUGCUCCAACCUUCUUAUCGCUUGAUGUUGCCAUCACAUAGCCUAUACCCAUUGGAGAGCAUUAGACCUAGACAAGAGCUUUAGCUUGUGCUACUAUCACACGUGUUAUUGCCUUUAUGAUGUAUAUAAGAAUUCGAUGAAUCGGAAAAAGAACAUCUGAUAUGAUGAU